UCUCAAACAAAAAGAAAAAAAAAAGAAUGAUCAAAUUCUGUUAUUAACUACAAAAAAAAUAAAUAUAUUAUUUUUUUUUCUGAUUCAGUCAUUCUUAAAUACGGAUAGAGAAAAACAAAACAAAGCUCCAUACUCUCUCAAUAAUGGAAGAAGUUUCUCUCCUAAUUCCUUCCUAACUUUAACCCGAUUUUGAUAACUCUGAAAAGGGGUUUUUCUUAGAGUUAUUUCUUAAAUUCAAUCAAUCGAAUUCGAUGUUAUUAUCUUUAUUCUUUGGGUUUUUUCUUGGAGCCCUUACAAUCGUUGCUGUUGAAGCAUUUGUGUUGUAUCAUCUUAUUCAUCGAUUAACUAAGAAAUAUGAGUUCAAAUCUCAACUGGUUCAGCAAGAUCUUGAUCCUCAACAAUCUCUUUCGUUCUCUUAUAAUAAACAGGGUGUGAUUUGGAUAUUAGAACCGGAAAAGCUUGCGAAAGUAGGGGCCAAGGACAAGUUACCUAAGGAUCAAAAAAACAAGAAGGAGAUAGUGGAGGUCACUCCUGUCAAAAAACAUGCAAAGAUUAAGGACCAUUCACUUAUUAUCACCAAUUCAAAUGGUUCUCAGGUUACUAUUGAUCUUGUUGAUUGCAUGGUACUAUCUGUUUCAGCAUCAAAUCUUUCCUCAAGGAAGUGGGCAAAAAGAUACCCAGUUAAAGUGGAGGGCAAAACGUCAGCUGUGUAUAACGGAAGCAAAAGUUUUUAUAUAUAUUUUGAAACUUCCUGGGAGAAGGAAUCAUGGUGUAAGGCCCUUCGUCUUGCUACACGUGAUGGCAAGGAAAGAGUUAAUUGGUAUGCCAAAUUGAACAAGGAGUUUUACAAUUACCUUACAUCUUUAAAUGCAGGAUAUCCUUCUCUUAAGAAACAUCCUUUUGGGUUCUCUGCUGAGCCCAUGGAUAGAACUACUAAAAAUGAUGGUUCUACGUCAAAAGUUCGUGGCUUUCUAAAAAAACUUGCAAAAAAGGCUUCUAAGAGUGGCACUGAUAGUAAGGGAAAUAGUGUGUCGGCAUCAAUUCAUGAAGAGAGGAAGAUGGGUGAGAAGUCACGUUCAGCCCAAGAUUUAGUGGGGCUAACCGGUUCUGUUAGGUAUCCCUUGACAGAAAAGACUACUAGCAGUUCCUUGGAUGAGGAUCCCGUGCUUUCACGUUCAGUAAGCCAAAGUCAAGCCUCCGUGACCUCAGAUGCAGAUUUUGAUGACAAAUUUGGUGUUGAUGAAGGAACACUUUGCUGCAAUUUGCUACUUUCACGGUUAUUUUUCGACACCAAAAGAAAUGAUGCGAUAAAAAGCUCCAUACAAGAAAGGAUCCAGAGAACAUUACUCAAUUUGAGAACCCCUAGUUACAUCGGUGGAGUAAAUCUUACAGGUUUAGAUCUUGGAACUCUCCCGCCUAACAUCCAUGGCAUGAGGGUUCUUCCAAUGGACAUGAAUGAGGUUUGGGCCAUUGAAUUGGACUUGGAAUAUUCAGGUGGCCUAGUGUUAGAUGUUGAAACAAGACUUGAAGUUCGUGAGCCUGGUUUUGAGAAGGGUAUCAUAAAUAAAGGUUUGGAGUCAGAUUCUGUUGGCAGGGCUACAUCAGAUCUUUUAGAAGGUUUCCAGUCAUUAGUUUCUGGAGAAAUAGUUGAUGAGAUAGAUAAGAAAGAAGAAGUGGAGAACAAGCAUGAUGAGACAAAAUUCUCAAAGAGCAGUAGUUGGAAAUCGCCUUAUGUUUCAAAGUGGAAAUCUAUUGUGAAUUCUGUUGCCAACCAUGUUUCACAGGUUCCCAUUAGCUUAGGUAUAAGGAUUGCAUCGGUUCGAGGAACCUUGCGAAUUCAUAUAAAGCCACCUCCUUCUGAUCAGCUAUGGUUUGGAUUCACAUCAAUGCCUCACAUUCAGUUCGACCUGGACUCUUCGGUUGGAGACCACAAAAUUACCAGUGGACAUGUUGCUGUGAUACUCGGAAACCGAUUUAAGGCAGCAAUCCGUGAUAUGUUAGUUCUUCCAAAUUGUGAAGGUGUAUGUGUUCCAUGGAUGUUAGCUGAAAAGGAUGACUGGAUUCCUCGUAAAGAUGCUCCCUUUAUAUGGGUUAAACAGGAAGUGGUUAGUGAUCCUGCAGCGCUUGAGUUACCGAACUGUCAACCAGAGGAAUCUGAAACCAUAGUUGAAGAAGGUAGGAAGAGUAGUGAUAAACAGGCGAGUAGCAGUAAUUAUUUAGAGGUAAAGGAUUACGAAAAUGCGAAGAGCCUACAUCAAAGGAAUGGGCAGUCUGAAGAAUUGUCAUCUUCUUCAAAACCUAGUUUAUCUGCAUCAAGUUCCACUAAUCAAUCCACAAGCAGCAGCCGUUCUUUACAAGAUUUGAAAGCUCCGUUGCUAAUUAAGGACGAGUCACAUAAUGAGACAUAUAGUUACAGCAGGUCGGAGAGCCAAGAGGAGAAUCAAUCACCACUAUCCGAGUCCAUGAUUAGGGAAAGACAGUUUGGAUCUUUCAAUGAGGAUCCAAAUCCUAAGAAAAUGGGCAGUAGGAGAGCAAGAAUGAUGGAUUUGAGGAAUAAGGUGUCUGAGAAAUUCGAAGAAAAGAAGAGACAUAUUGAAGAAAAGGGCAGAAACAUUGUUGAGAAGAUGCGAGGACCAUGAUACUUUUACCUCCUCUGGUUAUGAGCAGAACUGGGAUUGCCCAAAAGUAGAUUGAAAAGCAAGAGAGCGCACUUUCCAGAAAAUUUGUUGAUUAAAUAUAUUGAUACAAGGAAAUCAAGGAAUUCAAUUCAGAUUCCUCGUGCCAUAAUACUGUAAAAAGGGACCACAAUAUUUAGAACAUGUACUGAUGAUUCAAUCAACAAUUCUUUUUACAUUCAUAAGAGAAAUAUCAAAAUUUCCUUCA